UGAUGUGUAUCGAGUUCGACAAAGAUAAGAAGUUUCAAAUUUCAUUUUCAGUAUGUGAAGCAAUUAUUUAAACGUCUUUAUAUCAUUUCCAUUUUACGGAGACGACCUAAACGUGAUCGUUAUGAGAUUUAUGGCGUGUAUUUUGGUUUUUGUUGUUGCGCUUCCAGGCCUUCUAGCACAGAUUGUGCCCACAGAUGGUCCCUUUAUCGCCUGUCAAUUUAUCAACAGCUUCGAGAACUGUGAUAUGUUCAUCACUGACUCCUAUUGUGGCUCGGACGGCGUCACUUAUGCAAACAGAUGUGAAUUCAGCAAGGCCCACUGUCAAGAGUUAUCAAUCCAGCUUCUGCACAUUGGCGACUGUAGCCGUCUUGUAGACAUCGCUACGGCAGCACCCGUGGCUGGCAAAGACGUCGUGUUUGAUUUCUUCUGCACAAGUCUCAGCCACAUGACCUGUCCGCCGGAUCCAACCAAGGUCUGCGGCUCCAACAACCGGACAUACCUGAACUACUGCGAAUUCGAAAAGGCGAAAUGCACACAUCGUGAACUGAUGGUGAAGACAUACGGGGAGUGCACCGCCUAAGGAUUGUAGUAUUCGAGUUUAUUGAAAUAGCAAGUUGGCAAGUAAUAAUAAUAAAUAAAUACAGCAUACCAUA